ACAAAAGAUUUAACAAUGGAUUCCAGUACCCACAAGUUCUAUCAUUUACAUGAUUUCGAUUCGAGACAAUAUCUGGAAAAUUAUGUUUCAAAUAAGGACGACAUGGUCUUUGCAGAGGAUUCCUUGUUAUUUCCAAUUGAAAAUCUUACAAAAACCUUUGCAUCAGGUCAUAUUAAAGGAGAUAUCUUGAUUGACCUCACCAUGGGUUCACUGGUUCAUCAUCUGUAUACAGCCUGUGAGUUUUUCAAAUAUAUCAUAGUGCUGAAGGUCAGUGAUCGAUGCAUCAUGGAGCUGAAAAGAUGGGUCGACACACGUACAGGAGCAUUUGAUUGGAGUCAUGCUGUGAAACUUCAUGCAGACAUUGAAGGAAAAAGUCAUCCGGAACAGGACAAAGAAGACAAAGUGAGAGCAACAAUGCAACAUGUUGUGAAAUGUAACCUGCAAAAAGAAAAUCUGACGGAUCCGAUAGUAUUACCGCUAGCCGAUUGUCUCAUCAGUCUUUGGCUCCUAGAUGUUAUCAGCAAAGACAAAGAUGAUUACAUCAGAUAUCUUAAGAAAUGCGCUAAGUUACUGAAACCUGGAGGGCACCUCAUAUUAAUUGGAGAUUUAGACACCACAUAUAUCACUGUCGGGAAACACAAGGUCCAUUAUCUCACAUAUAAUGAGGAGUUUGCCAGAAAUGCUUUAGCUGGAGAAGGGUUUGUCAUUGAUUGCUGUAAGGUUAAACAGAGAACAGUUGUGAGUGACCUUUGUGACUAUAAAGCUGUCAUAUUCAUUGUAGCUCACAAAAACAAGUAGGGCUGAGUUGAAACUUAUCAAUAAGGUCUGUAUGUCAACAGUUUAUAAGUGAGACUUUAAAACAGACUCGAAUGUCCACCUGUUACAUCGAAAAUCCAAUCCAAUCUUCAGGCAGCAUGUUAUAGAACAGGAGCAUUUCUGCUGAUAUAUAUAUGCACAGUCAGGAGCGUAGCUAU